UUUAGUUCGCCCUUCGAAAAUUUACAGUAGUAACAUUGCAUGCUCGGAAAACAAAUAGUGCUGACUGAAGAAAUCACCGUGCGUAGAUCAGACUUGAUUGGUAAAGAUUGCAGUUGCAUAAGGAUAUAUGUGCCCCAAACUUGGAUAAUCGGAUAUGUUCAUUAGGAUAUACGUGAUAAUCUUUGUGUUCGUGGAAUUAACGUUUUUAGCCGGCCUAAUUUACGCAAUGGAAUUCGAAGUCACGCCACUGGAAAUAGGAGUUACAGGAAAGAUCCCCUGUGACGGUUUGGGAAACGUUGAUGAAGAUGUUCGUCUAGUACAGUGGUACAAGAGCAGGAACAUUGAUGCAUUUGAAAACGGUGAUCCCAGUCUGGCAUCAUGGAGGGAAGGAGAAUCACGAAUCCUACCGAACUACCACAUGGACGAAACCACUUUCUCCUUGGCCAUUGACAUGGCUACAUUGGAGGACGAAGGUCUCUACAGGUGCUCCGUGGUACGUGGACGAUCCUUAACUGAGUCAGAGUACUUCACCCGUACGGUUAUGUAUGCUCUGCCUCGAAUCGACCCGAAGAUAGCUUUGGACACUGAGUUGAAUCGUGUUCAUUGCACUGUUGAGCACGUGAAGCCAUUGACAUUCCCGGUGUUGAAUUUCGACGGAAUUCCUGACAGUACUGAGACAUAUGCAGUCGUGCAUGAAGACGGGACAUACACGAUAUCGGUCAGUUGCACACUGCCUCAGACCAAGAGUGCAUCACGAGUAGAUUGUUCCUUUUCCUACUUAAACUACCAGGGAGGAGGGUCAUCGGACUUGCGUGAUAUCACCACUGGCAGCCUGAUGGAAAAAAGAACAACAACGGUGUCAACUUUGGUCACAUCUGUGCCAUUUGCAGGCAAUGGAUGUAGAACGAUUCACAAUACAGCAUUCAUUGAUUGGAAGAUUUACAUAGGUUUGACAUUGGCAGGCUUCAUGAUGCGAAUCGUGUGAA